AUGGAGUUUGACACCAACUACAGAGAAGAUUGCGCCUCGGAACCAGUGCUGCUUCUGCCCAACAAUCUCCACAAACUCGAAACAGAAGAUGGGUUUUGCUUUGAGUCAUCUUGCUCUUCAAAUGGCUUCAUCCGAGAUCUUCACCACCUUGACGAUCAUUAUCACCACCAGUUCUCUUUCAGUGGCUCAUCUGUAAACCCUGAAUUAGGGUUCCAAACUGCGAGUUUUGAUCCUUUUGAGUAUUGCUUCACAAAUGGCUGUCCUCCAAAUCUAAAUCUGGAUGAGUUUUACGAAUCCAAGCCAUUUCCAGAUCAAAGUGGUGGGUAUGCAGCAGCCAUGCACGGCCUUAAAAUUCCGGUGGAUAUUGUGAAAAAAUCCGAUCAAACCUUAAACUGUGAAGAUGUCAAACCUUUGAACUUUGUUGUAGCAGAUGAAGGGUCAUGCAUCACUACUGCUGCUGCAAAUGGGUAUUUGAAGAAGAACAGCAUCGUUGCAUCGGCUCCUCGGGCCGGAAAGCCAUACUGCAAAGGCCAUAGGAAGUCCAAUUCGGUAAAGGGACCAUGGACCGCUGAAGAAGAUAGACUGUUGAUUCAUCUGGUAGAGAAAUACGGAGUGAGAAAAUGGUCACAUGUUGCCCAGAUGCUCAAGGGAAGGAUAGGUAAGCAGUGUAGAGAGAGGUGGCACAAUCAUCUAAGGCCAGACAUCAAGAAGGACACAUGGAGUGAGGAAGAGGACAAGAUACUAAUCCAGGCCCACAUAGAACUGGGGAACAAAUGGGCAGAAAUUGCAAAGAGGCUGCCGGGAAGAACAGAAAACUCCAUCAAAAACCACUGGAAUGCAACCAAAAGAAGGCAACUCUCAAGGCGAAAAUUUCGGUCCAAGAACCCUAGACCAAACUCUCUUCUGCAGGACUACAUCGGGACCUUUAACUUUGAGGACAAGACCAUCAUCAGCCACAAUAACACAUCAGCUGCUGAGUUCCUAAACAUUAAUCCCAUCGGUAGAUCAGUGCAAACAGUACCGCUUGCGGCAGAAACCAUGGAUGAGUUUUGCAUCGAUGAUCGAUUAGUUCCUAACUUCGAUUUGGAGGUCCCGGACUUUCCUUUCCAGGAUCACAACUUGUUUGAUGAUCAGAGUAGCAUUGAAUCUCUUCUUAAUCCGAUUCCUAAUUGUCCUACAGAGUAUGAAGAGAGAGGAUUUCACUUGGGGAUGCCACCAUUGAAUGUGGCUUCAGUGAUCCAGUGUGAAGUGAAGAAGGAGAUGGAUUUGGUGGAGAUGAUCACACAAGCCAAUAAUUACUAG